AGCUGGCUCUGCUCUCUCAGUCUUGCGCUGUGACUGUGUGCGCUGAGCUUUACAGAGAGACACAGAAGAGAGAGAGAGAGCAACAGAAGAGUGCCUAGGGCUUCACCAAGCUUUAGUUGAGUUUAAUUUUCAGCCAAGUUACUAUUUAAAAGUCAGAGAGGAAUAGCGCACAACAUCUAGGAGAUAAACCACAGGAACAGAACAAGCACACUUUGAAAGUGAAACAGUGAGUGGAGUGGACACUCAUGGUCAUCACCUAACGCUGUGGCUGCUUCACCAGGAGAGAUGUGAUCGUUGUGUGGUUCACAUGCGCUGACUUAUUCAACACACAGACACACCUGCUCCAUCCUCAGGUGGCGCUCCAAAGGACUGGAUUGCUGAAACAACACAGUGUUUACCAGAGGCCACUGGACUGCACACAGCCAGGGAAGAACAUGGACUACCUGUGGGGGAUUGUACUGCUGCUGUGGGCGCUCGGGGUGCUGGAGAGAGGAACCGACGCACAGAGGAGCAAGAACAACAUACCCAGACUCAAACUCUCAUAUAAAGAAAUGUUGGAGUCCAACAACCUGCUUACUUUCAAUGGACUGGCCAACAGCUCUGCCUAUCACACCUUUUUAUUGGAUGAGGAGAGAGGUCGGCUUUUUGUAGGGGCAAAAGACCAUGUGCUGUCCUUCAACUUGGUGGACAUCAAUAUGGACCAGCAACUGAUAUCCUGGCCUUCUUCACCUUCUCGACGAGAUGAAUGCAAGUGGGCUGGGAAGGACGUCCAGAAGGAGUGCUCUAACUUCAUAAAGGUUCUGCAGCCGUUUAAUCAGACGCACUUGUAUGUGUGUGGAACAGGAGCCUUUCAUCCCGUCUGUGCUUAUGUGGAAGUGGGCAAACGCCCGGAGGACAACAUUUUUCGGCUAGGGUCGUCAAACUUUGAAAAUGGCCGUGGAAAGAGUCCCUAUGACCCCAAACUGCUGACUGCUUCCAUGCUGAUCGAUGGGGAACUGUAUGCUGGGACAUCAGCAGACUUCAUGGGCCGGGACUUUGCCAUUUUCCGAACUUUAGGCAAGCACCAUCCAAUCAGAACAGAGCAGCACGACUCCAGAUGGCUAAACGAUCCUAGGUUUGUCAGUGUGCAUCUCAUCCCAGAGAGUGACAACCCUGAAGAUGACAAGAUCUAUCUGUUCUUCAGAGAGAAUGCCAUUGAUGGGGAGCAAAUCAGCAAAGCCACACAUGCCAGAAUCGGACAGCUAUGCAAGAACGACUUUGGAGGCCACAGGAGUUUGGUGAACAAAUGGACCACCUUCCUAAAGGCUCGUUUAAUCUGUUCCGUUCCUGGCCUGAAUGGCAUCGACACACACUUUGAUGAACUACAGGAUGUUUUUCUCAUGAGCUCCAAGGAUCCUAAAAACCCUAUUAUCUAUGCUGUAUUUACAACAUCCAGUAACAUCUUUAAGGGCUCAGCGGUAUGCAUGUACAGUAUGGCAGAUAUCAGGAGGGUGUUUCUGGGCCCGUAUGCCCAUCGAGAUGGACCCAACUACCAAUGGGUACCAUUUUUGGGUAGAGUGCCAUACCCAAGACCUGGCACGUGCCCCAGCAAAACGUUUGAUGGUUUUGAGUCAACAAAGGACUUUCCUGAUGACGUUAUCACAUUUGCCAGAAGCCAUCCGGCCAUGUACAACCCAGUGUUCCCCAUCAACAACCGUCCAAUCAUAAUCAAAACUGAUGUUGACUACCAGUUCACUCAGAUAGUGGUGGACAGGGUAGAGGCAGAGGACGGCCAGUAUGAUGUCAUGUUUAUCGGCACUGACAUGGGCACAGUUCUUAAGGUGGUUUCAAUCCCUAGAGGAACAUGGCAUGACCUUGAGGAAGUCCUGUUGGAAGAGAUGACUGUGUUCAGAGAACCAACAGCCAUUACUGCCAUGGAGCUCUCCACAAAGCAGCAACAACUCUAUCUUGGAUCCACCAUUGGGGUUUCUCAGAUGCCUCUGCAUCGCUGUGACGUGUACGGGAAGGCCUGCGCUGAGUGCUGUCUGGCACGUGAUCCUUACUGUGCCUGGGAUGGCUCACAAUGUUCACGAUACUUCCCAACUGCUAAGAGGAGAACGAGGCGUCAGGAUAUCAGGAACGGAGACCCUCUGACUCAAUGUUCAGAUCUGCAACACCACGAUGAGGCAGAUGGCGAGAGAGGUUUGCUGGAUAAAAUGGUAUAUGGGGUUGAGAACAGCAGCUCUUUUCUGGAGUGCAGUCCUAAAUCCCAACGUGCCCUUAUUUACUGGCAGUUUCAGAGACAUGGAGAGGACCGCAAACAAGAGAUAAAGUCCGAUGAGCGGGUGUUGGGCACAGAACAGGGUCUGUUGAUCCGAACCCUCCAUCAGAAGGACUCGGGUGUAUAUUACUGCCACGCUGUCGAGCACGGCUUCAUCCAGACCCUCCUCCGCCUCACCCUCAACGUCAUUCCCGCAGAACACCUGGACGAUCUCCUGCACCGAGACACGCCCGACAGCAAUGAUCCGGCCAACGGCAAGAUGUGGUACAGGGACUUCCUGUCCCUCAUCAACCCUCCGAGCCCGAACAGCGUCGACCAGCUCUGCGAACAGGUUUGGAAGAGAGAACGGAAACAGCGCAGGCAGAAAGCCAAUCUGCUGCACUCCAGCCAGUCACACGCCAGCCAGCUCCUUCACUCCAGCCAAUCACAUGCCAGUAAGUGGAAGCUGCUACAGGAAAACAAGAAAGGACGCAACCGCAGGACCCACGAGAUGCAGCGGGCACCCCGCAGCGUGUGACCUGGACGCCAAAUAAAAAGGAUGGGGACAUCCAACAGACUUCUUCUGUUCCACAGACAUAACGCUGAGACUGAAAACUGGAAGAGCGGAAUUCCACUUCCUGUAGUGUGUGUGCGAGAGAGAUUUACUUGUGAACCAGAGCACAUCUUCAUUCACACCUACAGUACGUAUUGAGACUCGAACCCUGAGAGGACGUAAUGUGAUGCUAACAGAUACUGAAAUACCUGUAAAUAUGACAUAAAUACAAAAAUAUACUGUGAGACAGGUUUCAGUCUGUAUAAAAACCCUGUUUCAUUUUAUGAGGGACAAAACAUGGAUGCUGAAAGACCACUGUUUAACCUCCAUUUAGCUGAAGCACAACCCCAGCGCAUUCUGGGUAAUGAACUUGUCAGUAAUAUUAUGUGUAUAGUGUUGUUGACCUUAACAUAUACUGUAUAUCUUUGUAUCAGAACUGUAGGCCCUUCUGUUUAUGUACGUAUCCAUUAAUUAAGGUAUUGCUUCGUUAUGGUUUAUUCUUCUUUUCCCCCCGCUUUCCGUCUUCCUCCUUGUGUUUUCUACUUUCAUCUGCUGCGAAAGCAAUGCCUCAGCAAAUCCAUUAAUGGAACUGUUGUUCCUCUGAAUAAGCUCUUCCUGACAAGAAAAAAAAAAAACAAACAACUAAAAAUCUUUUCUGCUAUUUUUUUAGAUUAAUAUUUAAUUUUGUACUGUGCCAGAGUAUAUCUAAAAUAUUACAUAAUAGUUUUAUUUUAUUAUUUGUUGUAAACCACUGCAUUGUGAGGGUACACAAGUCCUCUUCACUAUAACUUUUCCUCCUCAGUUAAGUUAUUUGUUGACAUGAUUUAAUCUAUGUUCACAUUCACGUUUAUAUAAAAGUAUGUGAAAUAUCGUGGCUUUUAUUAAGGAGUACUGCCAUUAUGAUCCUUUUUGAUAAGUUUGUUGCACAUAUUUGGGAAAUACUGGUUUUCACUACAUUUACAAAAGACAAAUACAAAUCAUUUUUAAAAGACCAAUGUACACUACCACUAUGGAGACGCAGGGUACGUUUACACGACAACGAUAUGCUUAAAAUAGAGAAGUUUUUCCCUUGAGUUUUCCGCGUACAGACGACACCAUUGUCAAAACAAUCCCCAUUCAAACGAAUCCAUGAAAAUGUCAUCGUUUCCACAUGUUUUUGUUGUUUACAUGAGACCGUUUUCAAAAACUUGCACUUUGAAGUUUGCGUUUUCAGGCCACCAAAACUCCGUUGGCAUGUAAAUAAACGGCCAAAAUGCAUAAAAAGUUUCAGUUUUUAUUUGAAAACGGUGUCGUGUAAAUGGCCCCUAAAUGAGUGUUUUCAGCUGAAGAAUAAUUCUGUUUAACGGCAUAAAUUCAUUAUUCUUUUUUAUUGAUGACCUUUGUAACUGCUAAAGAAGAAAUACAGGUUCUAGUGUUUAUAUUUUAUUUUUUUGAUUUUUAAAAUCCAUCUUUUUUAUGUGACACUCAAGCCCAUAUUUGAAGUCAACAUAAAGUUACUAUGUCCCAUUUUGUUACUAUAAUGUGACAAUUUUGAUUAAAACAGCAUAUUUUUUUUAAAUAAAUUUUAUUCCCAGGGAAUUAACUGACUUAUGAAACUCUCAAACUUGCUCUAUGUGACAAAAGCUGAGUAAGACUGAACCAAUGGGUGGCACCAUUGUUUCAAUCCGCCUCACUUUAGGAUUUUAAAAUGUUCUAAGUCGCUAAUAAAUUAUACAUAUGAAUUACAUUUUGUGUAUGUAUGCAUGUAUAUGUAAUAUAUAUAUUCUUUAAAAUGUAAUUAAUAGGGACUUUAUUUGAGACAUCUCUAAGGCAUAUAUAUAUAUAUAUAUAUAUAUAUAUAUAUAUAUAUGCCUUAGAGAUAGAGCAAGUUAUUACAUUUUGAUGAGAGAUUACGAAAACAAACUUUUUAAUUUUUUUGGGAAUAACUUAUGGACUGAUUAUGAUUAAGUAAAUCAUAAGUAAAUAGGGUUGAUUUUGAUUUUAUGUUGACUUUAAACAUGCAAGGACAAGGGAGGACAAAUUUACAACUGUUAUAUAAUAUACUGUGCCUGUCCCUCGGCUGAGGAAAGGACAGCUGCGUGACUAAAACUGCUGGGAUCAGAGACAGAACACAGCAUGGGACAAGGCUCCUUGACUCCUUGAGAAGUCCCACUUUCACCCCUCCCACUGAAUUAGUUUUAGCUAGACGUUUUUGCCCCCUAUUGUUGAGACCAUGCAUACACUCACACCUACAGCACACGUAUAUCUGAAUGUAGCUGUGAACAUAUAGACUAUUUAUGAAAAAAUGGUCCAAAAUAUAUGCCACUGUGUACAAACUGCAUGUGAAUUUACAGCACCACUCACUUCUAUACUCGUUUACAGUAGCUGUUCUUGUUAAUGAGUGAUUUGUCUGGCGUUGGAUUCCAGGUGGUGCUUUAAAUAUUCUGUUAUUCAUGACAGAUGGUGUUAUCAACAGGCAUAACUUCUGCCUGAUAAACUCUCUCCCAUUGUAGCUAAAUAUAUAACCAACAGGAAACCGCUGUAAACUAAAGGAUUUCAAAUGCAAAACUUAAAAGUAUGAACUUGAUUGGUCAGCUCUGUUGGAUGGACCUUGGGCAGAAAAGGACUGAACUGGAAAUGGGGGACAAAGACAUGAAAAUGCUGCUGUAAAUUAUUCAUUUCUGGCAUGCAUUCUGCUGUUCAAAUAAAUGUCUCUUCUAAAGAACCUGUUUUAGAGGAGUGGACCGCUG